AUCAAGCAUAGAUAUGUGUCGAAUAUCAAGCAUAGAUAUCAAGUGCAGUGCCCCCCCCAAAUGACUCAUUGUGCCACCCACCGAUCAAUCAGCUUGACACUACAUGUUAAUAUUUAUAUUAGCAAUUACCAAUUAGAGAUUAUCAUUUCUGCAGAACUUAUCUCACAGGAACGGUAUGCUCUACAACAGUCAUUCCCAAAGGCGGGGUCCUGACCCACAAGUGGGUCGCGGAAGAUUUUGAAUGGGUCCCCAAGUGUUUACAUGAAUUAUGAUCAAUGAUAUUUUUAAUACUAUUUCUUUAUACAACAUCAGGUAAAUCUGAUUUAAAUAUUUUUGCUUGUUACAUUAAAUUACAUUGUGUCAUUUUUAAGGACCCCCCAUGACCCAAAAUGACUUCAUGAUACCUCCAUAUCCACCUCCUCCUUACCCACUGCAGGAUUGCAGAGAUGAGGUGGAAUCUAUCGCCCUUCCAAGAUCUGAUGCAAUUGAGACCCAUUGUGGUGUUAUCAGACCCGAAAAUUUGAUCUGGGAUCCUUCAAAUCUAAAGGAGCUUGGUCCAUUGAAAUUUGUGGGUGUUUACAACCUUCCACCAGCCUUCUGGCCUGCCAGCUUAAAGGAUGGGGUGAAGAAUCUUGGCAGUGAUGUGGAUGGGACAAACAGAGCUGAUGACAGCGUCAACAUAAAGAAUCCCUCCUCCUUCAUGCCAUAUGAUACGACGGACCUUUUUGAGGAUUUUAAUUUCUUGACACCUUCCCGUCAUGCAAAUGAGAAUAUUUCUGACACAUCAGGCCUCUCUGUAGAUGAAUACUAUGGACAGACAGAGAUUGCUGCUCUCACAGAACAGGGAGAGGACAAGCAUGAGAUGUCUCUCAGCCCUGGCGUCAUGGAAGCUGCAGCCACUGAUUCUGAGGAACUUCUGUCUUAUUUCACAGGCUCAAGAAAGAGAAAGAGGGCUAUUUACUCUGGCAAUGAGUUCUCUCCUGCUGCUGUCGAACGUUUUGAGAUGCAUGAGGAUUUUGAGCUCUCUGAGCCUCCACAUUCAAAGCCUCGCCUGGACUCUUGUGUUGAAGAUGUUCUCUCUCUUUGUCUUGGCAGUGAUGUGGAUGGGACAAACAGAGCUGAUGACAGCAUCAACAUAAAGAAUCCCUCCUCCUUCGUGCCAUAUGAUACGACGGACCUUUUUGAGGAUUUUAAUUUCUUGACACCUUCCCAUCAUGCAAAUGAGAACAUUUCUGACACAUCAGGCCUCUCUGUAGAUGAAUACUAUGGACAGACAGAGAUUGCUGCUCUCACAGAACAGGGAGAGGACAAGCACGAGAUGUCUCUCAGCCCUGGCGUCAUGGAAAAGCACUGCUUUUUACGAUUAAAGCGAUGUAACUGGUUUCUGUAAUUUGAACAGUAUUUGAAUAGGAUCUCCAUCACGGUGAUAAUAUUAACUGCUCGCCAGGAGCCCGCAACGAACUAUGUGUCGUGAAAUACUGAGGUUUGUGAUCUGUAUAAUGUCUGCAGUCUGCAACGAUGGAGGUGUGUGUUGGAGCCCUUUCAUUGCCGUCAUAACAUCAACUGUUUGUGGCCUGAAUCAUGUCUGCAAUGUCGGAGGUGUGUUUUGGAGUCUUUUCUUGUGAGAGCCAUCGUAAUGGUGAUGAUGACAUCUACAGAAGCCAUUCCUUCCGGACUGUACAUCACUGCUGACGCUCUCCACUGAUACACAGAACAGGUUGACGUUUGAGGAGGAGGAGGAAAGGCUGUUAUCUCGGGACGUGAGAAAAAUGGCGUUUGUCAGCUGCAGUUUUGUAUCCAGCCUUUCACGGGGAUUCGGACGCCCUAACGCCUGUGAUGAGAAGACCAACGCCUGUGAAGAGACGACUCAACGCCGGCGAUAUGCUAUU